GUUACAUGUGCGGAUUUUUUUAAACGUGUCGACGUAAAAAAUUUAAACAUUUCUCGACGAUGCCCAAAAUUUGCGUAUCGUAAUGGCAAAUCAACUUAUGGCGUACCAGAAAGUUGUACCUCAACAGGGCGACGUUCCGCCGCCCAGAUUUGGGCACACAUCCACCUCCGUAGGAAGUGGAAAAGUCGUUUUAUUCGGCGGAGCCGUAGGAGAUGUUGGAAGGUAUACAAUUACUUCGGAUUCCUUUUUAUACGACGUGACUACAAACUACUGGACGAAACUACAAACUGAAAACCCACCCUCCCCAAGAGCAGCGCACGCCGCCGCGUGCGUUGAAACCAUGCAAGUCGUCGUCUUCGGAGGCGCCACCGGAGGUGGCGCACUCUCUUCCGAUGAUUUGUUUUUAUUGGACUUGAGGCGUGAAAAGCAGUUAUCUUGGAUAAUAGUGCCGACUACGGGCCGUUCUCCAGGUCGUCGGUACGGUCACACUAUGGUUUUCUCCAAACCCAACCUCAUCCUCAUCGGCGGCAACGACGGGCAGCAGCCGAGUAACGAUGUCUGGGUACUGAAUGUGGAACAGUCACCGUUUACCUGGAAUGAAGUUACAUUCUCACCCACCAUACAAUUACCCCCAACACGCGUUUAUCAUUCAGCCGACUUAUGUUGUGAGGGUCCUGCGAAUGGAAUGAUAGUGAUAUUUGGCGGUCGCGGCACCGAGAGUAGAUCAUUAAAUGACGUUUGGGGCCUAAGACAACAUCGUGACGGGACCUGGGACUGGAUUGAAGCACCCGUCAAUUCUGGCACUAAACCAGAUCCAAGAUAUCAACAUUCCUGUGCGUUUGUGGGAUCAAAGUUUGUGGUCUUGGGUGGUCGCAGUGAUUCGGAUUUAAACAAAUCUCUGUCGAUAUCUGUUUACGAUACUGAGACGUUGGAGUGGUUUAAUAUAUCAACGAUACAGCGGUUCCGCCACUCAAGCUGGCGUUUCGGACCGAAUUUAUACAUUUUCGGCGGAUUCGCCAACCAAACACAAAAACAUCCCACCUGCGAAUUAAAACUCCUAGACUGCCAAAGUGCGUUUGGUGAGCAGUUGAAGAGUGUGAGUGUGGUGAAGCCGUGGUUUAGUGAUGAGGGUGUGGAUACGUUUGGAAGUGCUGGCGUGUUAUUUCAGAGUUCGCCAAAGGCCAGAGAUGACAUGUUCAGAAAACCGCAGGAUCGAGAAAUCAGACUCUCGGCACACGCACACGCCGUACGCGAGUCCGUCUCCGACUUCUCAUACCUCGUCAGAAAAAUAUCGAUAGAUCGUUUGGAGGAUGAGGGUAGGAAGAUAAAUAAGCCGGAGGCGAGAUCGACGUUGCAUUGGCAGAAUGAGAACUCAGACACAGUUUACGAUCGUAUUAUCAUGAGACUUCUCAGCCCAAACGAGCUCAAAUUCCAAAAAGACGCCUCCUUCCCCAUCUCAUACAAAGAUAUCAACACCCUUUUAAACACUGUGUACCAUAUAGUGAAGGAGGAGGAUACGGUGUUGAAUUUACGAGCUCCUAUUAAAAUUUACGGCGAUAUUCACGGUCAGUAUCAUGACUUGAUGAGGUUAUUUAAGUUGUAUAAGAGUCCGUUGGACGAGUAUUUAGCUGAGGCUUUGUGUCUGGAGGGUGAUAUUGAGUCUAACGAUUACCUCUUCCUGGGCGAUUACGUGGAUCGCGGCUUCAACUCUCUUGAGGUUAUUUGUCUUUUAUUUGCUCUAAAGUGUAAAUACCCAGCGCAAAUACAUUUAAUUCGGGGGAACCAUGAGGAUCCCGCCAUUAACGCAGUGUACGGGUUCCAAAACGAGUGUGCCAGAAGACUGAACGAGGAUGUGGAAAACCCGUUCAGCUGCUGGAACGCCUUUAAUAAAAUCUUUGAAAUGCUACCACUAGGCGCACUUAUUGAGGGCAGAAUCCUCUGCGUUCACGGCGGCAUUGGGAAAUCCGUAGAACGAGUCGAUGACAUCAGGUCACUCAAACGACCCAUAUCCGUCAUUCCCAUCCCAGAAUGCCCUGAAGACCAAUUGUUGUUGGAUUUGUUGUGGUCGGAUCCGACGGAUAAUGACUCGAUGUUGGGGACGGUGCCAAAUGAGAUUAGGGACCCGGACCGCGCGGGAUUUAUAGUUAAAUUCGGACCAGACAGAGUACUCAAGUUUCUCACCAACAAUGACCUACAACUCAUUAUCAGAGCACAUGAAUGCGUUAUGGACGGAUUCGAACGCUUUGCAGGAGGUCGAUUAAUCACUCUCUUUUCCGCAACGAAUUAUUGUAAUCAUCAUAAGAAUGCUGGAGCGCUUUUGUUUAUAAGGAGAGACUUGACAAUUGUACCCAAACUCAUCUACCCGUGCCAAGAUGAAACUUCUUACGAUUCAUGGGACAUGAGGAUGAGUGAUACGAGGCCUCCAACGCCGCCGAGAAGCACGCCCAUGGCACGGGACAUGGUCAUUGAACAGUCUUAAAAUCCUCCAAACUCUUUACGAUUUUAUAACAAAUUUUAAUAUACUGCAGAAAAUUAAAA